GAGGGCAUAGAAUCCGCGCUGAUACUCGAGGACGACUUCGACCUGCAGGAGGACUUCGCCCGAAGGCUGGGCGAGGCCCUCGAGGAAGCCAGGCACGAGGACUGGAACCUCAUGUACCUGGGCAGGAGCCCCACGGAGCCCGACCUCCGGCGGGUGUCCCCGCACGUGACCGAGCCCGGGUACACGCUGUGGACGGUGGGCUACAUCCUCCGGCUCGAGGCCGCGAGGGCGCUGGUGGAGGCGGGCGUGGAGCAGAGGCUGGCUCCGCUGGACCACUACUUCUCCGUGGCCAUGGGCAGAGGCCUCGACGGCCGCUGGAACGAGAAGGCGGCGGAGUGGAGCCAGUACAUACCUCGGGUCUUGAGGGGGCUGGCCAUCACUCCUCCCCUCGUCAUGCCGUACGUGGGCUCGAUGUUCUUGAGCGACACGGCGAUGGUCCGCGAGGGCACGAAGUUCGUCGUGGACCUGCCUGCGACCGACGCGCAAGCAGCGGCAGCCCAGGAAGGGGGACCUCGAACCCCCUAG